AUGGCUGCUACCGGCAAUCUCCUCGCGCCCGAGUCCCAGCAGACCGGGCCUCCUGCCAACACGGCAGACCUCUUCACAGGGCCAACCGUCGGGGUGCCGCCACACCAUCUGAUGGCGCGAAGCAUUUCGUUCGAAACCGCUCGCUCGUUCCAGCUCGCCAAGGAGCACCUCGAAGAGCCUUCGUCGUCAUCCUCGGAAGACACCAGUCCGGCCUCUGCAUCUCCUGUGCUCAAGGCCAUCCCCCACGACAAGACCGGGCGCGCCAUCACGGACAGAUAUGCCUUUGCUUUUGAUAUCGACGGUGUCCUCAUCCGUGGAGGCAGGGUCAUUCCAGAAGCCAUCGAGGCGAUGAAGGUGCUCAAUGGCGAGAAUGAGCUUGGCAUGAAAGUACCGUACAUCUUCGUCACAAACGGAGGCGGCAAAACCGAAGAAGAACGCUGCAACGAUCUCAGUCGCCAGCUAGAACUCCAAGUCUCCCCCGGACAGUUCAUCUGCGGCCACACUCCCAUGCGAGAAAUGGCCGAGAAGUACAACACGGUGCUCGUGGUCGGCGGCGUCGGCGAGAAAUGCCGCCAAGUCGCCGAGGGCUACGGAUUCAAGGACGUCGUGACACCGGGCGACAUCAUCAAGACGAACAAGGAUACCACGCCGUUCCGCAAGCUGACCGACGAGGAAUGGGCCAACUCGCGCGUGCGCGACUUCAACACGCUCAAGAUCGAAGCCAUCUUCGUCUUCGCCGACAGCCGCGACUGGGCCGGCGACCAGCAAAUUAUCCUUGACCUGCUCAUGUCCAAGAACGGGCUGAUUGGCACGCGCUCCGCGACCUUCGACGAGGGGCCCCCCGUGUACUUCUCGCACAACGACAUUGUCUGGUCCACCGCCCACGACCACACUCGCAUCGGCAUGGGCGCUCUGCGCGCGUCGCUCGAGGCGCUCUACAAAGCCGUCACGGGCAAGGAACUGACCACCAUCGCCUUUGGCAAGCCUCAACGCGGCACCUUCGAAUUCGCCACCCGUCUGCUUCGCCAGUGGCGUGAGGAGACUCACGGCAUCAACAAAGCCUUGGACACCGUGUACUUUGUUGGCGACACCCCCGAGUCUGAUAUCCGCGGCACCAAUGAAUUCAAUGACCACGCGGCGUCGGGCAGCGCUGAAUGGUUCUCCAUUCUCGUCAAGACAGGCGUGUUCCAAGAGGGCACGAUCCCACGUUUCCCGCCCAAGAAAAUCACGGCCAACGUGCUGGAGGCCGUCAAGUUUGGCAUGCAGCGUGAACUCGCCAAGACGAUUGAGUCCCCCUCGGAUUCGGAUCGAGUGACACUUGAGUAA